AUGGAGGAAGUAAUCACCUUGAAAGACGGUUUGGAAAGGCUUACUGCUAUGAUGGACACUUUGGUGGCUGCUCAGAAUCAGACAUCGAACAAUUCUCAAGAUCCAUUGCAACGAACAACAAUAUCUGAAAAUGUCUCGACGCCCAUUCCAAUGGCGGCCGUCAACGAUCAACAAUAUCACAUGCCACCUGGUUUCCCUUGGGGCAUGUCUCACGGUUAUAUGCCAACAGGAUACCGCCCUCAAAAUGUUGAAGCUCCAGUAGUGACUGUUGUGAUGUUUGUACCUCCUCCUGUGGUGCAUACAACUCCUUAUAAUGAAGAAAACAUUUUUCACGUUGCUCCAAGCGAAGUUGUGGGAGUAGAUGAAAGGUUAGAGGGAUUUCAAGAUCAGUUCUUAGAAAUGCAAAGGGAAAUCAACGCUCUUCGAGAAUUAGAUGUUAGUUUCGUUUCAUAUGGAAGACAAAGAAGAAAGUAUCAACAUGUUGCAGCCGUUUCACCAAUCAUUAGUCCAUCAAUGGUAGCGUCAAUUUAUCAGCCACAGUUCUCGCAUCAACAUCAACAGCAUUAUCCUCAACAGCAUCAGCAACAACCAUCAAAGCAACAACAUCAACAGCCUCCACAACAGGCUCGCUCUCAAUUCAACAAUCAAAAUCGUAUUCAAAAAAGGCCACAAUUUGAUCCUAUCCCAAUGUCCUAUGCAGAAUUAUUUCCUGCACUGCUAGCUAAAAAUCAUGUCCAGAGAAGGUCUCCACCACCUGUGCCAAAGGACCUUCCCUAUUGGUACAAGGCAGAUCAAUUUUGUGCUUACCAUCAAGGGGCACCAGGACAUAGCAUUGAAAACUUUUUCGGUCUAAAGUCAGAUGUUCAGAGGCUCAUCAAGAGUGGUAUCCUUUCAUUUAAGGAUGUAAAUCCCAAUGUUAAAGUUAAUCCUCUACCGCAACAUGGUUCAGCCUCAGUUAACAUGGUAUAUGGUUGUCCGGGCAGUUUCCAGAUAUAUGAUGUACGGUUGUUGGGUGAGAACUUAGUAAAGAAACAAGCUACAUGUAGCAAGAAUGGUUUUGUGCCUCCACAUAAUUACGCCUCUUGCAGGGUUUGUUCUAGGAACUCUCAAGGAUGCCUAACUGUUGUAAUGGAUCUCCAGGAUCAAAUGGACCAAGGUUACAUUGAAGCCUACCGAGAUAGAGAUUAUAAUCAAGUCAAUAUGGUCAAUAGUGAAAAUGGAGUGAAUGUCAUAGUUCCUCAGUUCAACGACUCUAAGCCUAUACAGAUUACUUAUGACAGUCGGAAGACUUCUAUGACUCCUCUGGUUAUUAACUUAUCGGGCCCAGUUCCCUACCAAUCUGAUAAAGUUGUUCCUUACAAGUACAAUGCUACAAUGACUGAGAAUGGAAAGGAUGUUCCUCUACCCUCCAUUGUUAACGUCGCUGAUGUAAGCAGAGUCACAAGGAGUGGACGUAUAUUUGCAAAAAGGACCAAGGAUGUCACAGUAGGAAAGCAGGCUCAUGUUGAGGUCCCUUUUGAACCGGUUGGCCAAUCUGAUAACAUGAAUCCGAAAAGUGAUGAUGAUGAGGUGUUGAAGCUCAUCAGGAAAAGUGAAUACAAUAUGGUGGAACAAUUACUACAUACACCUUCCAAGAUAUAUGUGUUAUCUUUGUUAAUGAACUCUGAGGCUCACCGUGAAGCUUUACAGAAACUCUUAGAACAAGCCUAUGUAGACCAUGAUGUGACGGUUGGACAGUUUGAUGGUAUCGUCGCUAACAUCACGGCCUGUAACAACUUGAGUUUCAAUAAUGAAGAGCUCCCCGAAGAAGGAAGAAAUCAUAACAUGGCACUAAAUAUCUCAAUCAACAGUAUGAAUGACUCUCUGUCAAGUGUGUUAGUGGAUACAGGCUCGUCUCUCAAUGUCAUGCCGAAGUCGACACUUUCCAGACUUUCUUUUCAAGUUGCUCCUAUGAGGAGUAGCGGGAUUAUUGUCAAAGCUUUUGAUGGUUCCAGAAAAACAGUCAUUGGGGAAGUUAACCUUCCUAUGACCAUCGGAUCUCAUACUUUCCAGAUAACAUUCCAGAACGGGAAGCUAGUGACAGUCUGUGGGGAGAAAACAUUGGUUGUGAGUCACUUAUCAUCUUUCUCUUAUCUUGAACCUGAAGAAGCUGUUGGAACUCAAUUCCAAGCCCUUUCUUUGAUUGACAAAGAUGUCAAGAGAGGAGUAUCCAUCUCUUCAUUCAAGGAUGCACAACGGCUAGUAAAUAAUGGUAUAAUCGAUGGUUGGGGAACAAUUUUGGAUCUCCCAGAAAACAAACACCGAGAGGGUUUAGGCUUUUCUCCUACUUCCAAGAAGAUUGCAGAAGGAAGUAGAUAUGUUCGUUCAAUCAAAGAAACUUUCCAUGGUGGAGGGUUCAUCAAUCCCACUUUGCCAAAAGUUAGUGUCAUCACUGAGGAUAAUGAUUCAACAUGGGAACCCUACUGUGACGAUCCUGAAUAUGAUCUUGAGGCGGAAGAUGCAUAUGUGCCUUUCUACUUUCCUCAUCAUAAAGAACUUAAAUACAUCCCGGGGUCAGAAGACGAAGCAGCUGAAGCCAAUGCCACUGUGGAAGAUAAUCCUAAAGAUGUUACGGCCGACUUCGUAUCUCACGGAGUAAUUCGCCAAAACUAG